AUGCCAACCUAUAAGAAGGCAUGCCCUGUGCUGUGCCCUGUGCCCUGUGCUGUGCCCUGUUCUGUGCCCUGUGCUGUGCCCUGUGCCCUGUGCUGUGCCCUGUGUGCUGUGCCCUGUGCUGUGCCCUGUGCUGUGCCCUGUGCUGUGCCCUGUGCUGUGCCCUGUGCCCUGUGCUGUGCCCUGGGCUGUGCCCUGUGCUGUGCCCUGUGCCCUGUGCUGUGCCCUGUGCUGUUCCCUGUGCUGUGCCCUGUGCCCUGUGCUGUGCCCUGUGCUGUGCCCUGUGCCCUGUGCUGUGCCCUGUGCUGUGCCCUGUGCUGUGCCCUGUGCCCUGUGCUGUGGCCUGUGCUGUGCCCUGUGCUGUGCCCUGUGCUGUGCCCUGUGCUGUGCCCUGUGCCCUGUGCUGUGCCCUGUGCUGUGCCCUGUGCCCUGUGCUGUGCCCUGUGCUGUGCCCUGUGCUGUGCCCUGGGCUGUGCCCUGUGCUGUGCCCUGUGCUGUGCCCUGUGCUGUUCCCUGUGCUGUGCCCUGUGCUGUGCCCUGUGCUGUUCCCUGUGCUGUACCCUGUGCUGUGCCCUGUGCUGUGCCCUGUGCUGUACCCUGUGCUGUGGCCUGUGCUGUUCCCUGUGCUGUUCCCUGUGCUGUGGCCUGUUCUGUGGCCUGUUCUGUGGCCUGUUCUGUGGCCUGUUCUGUGGCCUGUUCUGUGGCCUGUUCUGUGCCCUGUUCUGUGUCGUUCCCUGUGCUGUUUCGUGCUGGUGA